AUGUGCGACGGCUGCUUCGCCUUUCUCGGAGCCUUUCUCCCACGAGAGAGGCUUGUUUACAUUGAUAGACCGGUAUACGUUGAGGUUGAGAAGCUGGUCGAUAGAAUAGUGCACGUUGAGAAGCCGGUUGACAGAAUAGUGUACGUUGAGAAGCCAGCACAGAUGUCAGAGCAGAAGAUCCCUGCAUGGACAAAGAAGGCUACGCAGUACGAGCCGUGGAAGUUUGCUUUCUUGUCGGAUGCCUUUGCCAAUCUGGCAUGCAAGGGCAAGCCCAACGAAAGCUUCAAUUUAAAUUUCCACCUGGAUGGCUUUUACGCCUUUGAUGAGAUUGAGGCCAUGGCUUCAGACUGGACAUUGGACUUGCGUGAGGUACUUUUGCUUGGGUACAUGGAUCAUGACAACCAAUGUGAUUUCAGGCAUCGACGAGUGCUUGACGAGAACAGUUGCAGAGGCAUCAGACUGAUGGUGAAGUUGGGAGUUCCUUUGCACGAAGGCUUGCGACACCUUUUGAGAGAAGCUCAACUGUUUCGAACCGGGUCUGACCGGGAUCUACAGCAAGACUACCGCAACGCCAUGCUGAAGCUGACAGCUUUUUGCGAUGCGAUCAAGGCCGCAGGGCGGGCUGCUGAACUCGCCGAGAUUCUGAACAGCGAUUGUCAGCAGGAGUUGUUGGAAGCCAUCAGUGGACAGGACAAUUUGGAUCCUGAGCUCCUGGGAGAAACCCAGGCCUUCUUCAUUUUGGCGAUUCUGCGUGAAGCUAGAGCUUGCGGCUUGCAAAUCAGAAGCUUCGACGUUUGCAGGCCAGAUGGGUCAGUCUGCAGAAACAGUUUGCUUUGCAGCAUAUAUUAUACGGUAAGAGAGCACAUCAGUGAGCCGGAUUACUGGAGCAGAGACAUCCAAAAGCGUGCCGACGUGUAUCGUCAGAUGUUUGAGGUUCUUCAAGCAUGGCGCAUGGCCGAUAGCAUGGAACUUGCAUUGAUUGUCAAGAGGCUCUACCAAAGUGGGCUGCCCCGAUCGGCAUGUCUGACGGUCCUGCAUUUUCUCGUGGGCUGUGAGCGUGAUGGACGUCCUGCAAGGCCUCCAAUGUGUGGGAGCUUCCGCCCAAACUGGAAAUGGAAGUAUUGUGAGGAAUCUCAAAGUAGCGCUGAAGAUUUUUGA